CGGGCAAGACGAUGGUAGGCGACGGUAGAAGAAGAAGAAGAGGUCACCGCCGGCGAAGCUGAUGCUGCCUGCUGGUGGGUGGAGGCUGCGCGAGAAGGGAGAGGCUGCAGGGAGUGGUGGAUUCCGCUGGGGAGUCGGAGGUUGUGGAGAAGAGGAUGGCGGCGUCUUCGGUGGCGGCGGCGGAAACAAGAAUCCGCAGCAAUUGAUGAGAGUGUAGAUCUUCUUCUUCUUCUUCUUCUUCUUCUUCCUGUAUUUGGGAUUUUUUUUUUUGAUUUAAGAUUUGGGAAUGGGGAUGAAUCUGGACAUAUUUUGGGGAAGCUGAAGUGGGU